UUGUCAAUUAACAAAUACUGCUAUCUUAUUCAAUUAUCUGCCUUCCAGUGCUUUUUUUUUCACAAAUUUGUAAUUUCAGGUCCGUGCCACUGGCCCAAUGCUGAUGGACAUCAGCAAUCGCCUGUAAAUUUGGACUUGGGCCUAAUAAAGCACGCUAGUGCCGAGUCACUGAAUUUUUUGAAUUAUAACAAAGGCUUUGAAGGUGAAAUUACUAACAACGGCCAUUCAGUGCAAGUAACGCCACAUACUGAAAACGUUUGGCCGGAAAUCCACGGUGGCGGUCUGGAUCAGGCUUAUCGUUUGGCCCAGUAUCACUUCCACUGGGGCCAGCACGAUAAUGAAGGUUCGGAGCAUACACUGGCUGGUUUGCACUAUCCAGCUGAAUUGCAUCUCGUGCACAAGGGGGUUGAAAAUGCGGAGAAGAUUGUUGUUGUUGGCGUAUUUCUCAUUCUAGGCGACGAUGAUAAACCUCUACAUCCGGAGUCUAUCGUUUUACAGAAAGUUAUAGAGCCAGGUUGCAAUCAUAAUAAUUAUAGUAAAGUCAGAUUUUUCUAAAA